AACUUUGUCAGAGCAUCAUCCAGUCUGGACCUCCUAGAACUUCGUCAGAGCAACAUCCAGUCUGGACCUUCUAGAACUCCAUCAGAGCAACGUCCAGUCUGGACCUCCUAGAACUUUGUCAGAGCAACAUCCAGUCUGGACCUCCUAAAACUUUGUCAGAGCAACAUCCAGUCCGAACAUCCUAGAACUUUGUCAGAGCAACAUUCAGUCUGGACCUCCUAGAACUCCAUCAGAGCAUCAUCUAGUCUGGACCUCCUAGAACUUUGUCAGAGCAACGUCCAGUCUGGACCUUCUAGAACUCCAUCAGAGCAAUGUCCAGUCUGGACCUCCUAGAACUCCAUCAGAGCAACGUCCAGUCUGGACCUCCUAGAACUUUGUCAGAGCAACAUCCAGUCUAGACCUCCUAGAACUUUGUCAGAGCAAUAUCCAGUCCGAACAUCCUAGAACUUUGUCAGAGCAACAUUCAGUCUGGACCUCCUAGAACUCCAUCAGAGCAACGUCCAGUCUGGACCUCCUAGAACUUUGUCAGAGCAACAUCCAGUCCGAACCUCCUAGAACUUUAUCAGAGCAACUUUCAGUCUGGACCUCCUAGAACUCCAUCAGUGCAACGUCCAGUCAGGACUUUCUUUAACAUUUAUAGGCUCCAACUCUGCCCAGUCCAGAUCCUUCUAAGAUCAAUCCUGAUCCCCAUUCUCACUAGUCAAAUUAAAAAUGAGUUAUUAAUUUUGAUCAAUAAAAUAUACAAAAACUUCACCAUUUUUUUAUGAUAUAUAAUAGCGCAGGCUCCGAUUGCUCAGUGCAGUGGGUAUUAAACCAGAUUAGUUUUAGACAUAUUAGCUCUCUGUUAUUACUAUUUCUUGACUUAGUACCCCAGCUGUGAGUUAGGGAAGAAGCUAGGUUAUUGAGCAAGGGGUUCAGGGCUGCUUGGUCUUCCCUCCCUCCUAUGUGUAGACACCUUUUUCAAAGUCCACUGCAAAUAGUGCAGAGAGCUUUCUGAGCAGAGUUCUGCCCUCUUAGGCUGUAGGAAUGUAACUUGUCUGGAUAAAAAGUAAAAUAAUAGAUGCUGUGCACCAUGGACUCAUUCUGUAAAGCCUUCAAUCAUGGAAAUGAGAAGUGUGAACUGUGUCCUGAUGAAUUAUCAAAUGGAUAUAAGGAUAUACGACUUAACACUGAUGGAAUGUUCUUCUACACAGCAAGCAAAGAGGAGGAUAUUAAAAUAGCGUUGACUAACAUCUGCCCUGACACUCAUCCUUUCCCAUUUGCUGGUGGUCUUAAAUGCUGCGAGAGGAAUUUGGCAAAUCCUGCAAACAUUACCUCUGGGUCAUGUGGAUAUCUAACUCCAGCUUCAACAACAUGCUUGGGAUCAGAGUUGGUUUGUCCUGGAUUUAAGUGUUCUAGAAACCAAGCUUAUAAUGAUCUAACAGCUCUACAGAUUUUAUCUGCUGAUUUGGGCGGUGGGAAUAGUCUGCAAGAAAGACGUGGUACAGCAUCAGCCACUGUUUGCCAGGAGUACUGUGAUUCCCACACCCUGUGCACUGGUUGGGUUUGGACAUGGCCAACUUACUAUGGAUAUGCAAAUGUAUGUAUAUUAGGAGGAGGAAACUCAAAUUACUUCAAGUACAGACCAGGUGCAAAAUUGACAGCUGGGUUCAAAUCCAGCAUCAUUGUCUGGAACUAGAUUAUCUGCUGCUGAAUCCAGUAUGAUUAUCUAAAACUAGAUUAUCAGCUGCUGAUGAAUCCAGCAUCAUUGUCUGGAACUAGAUUAUCUGCUGCUGAAUCCAGCAUCAUUGUCUGGAACUAGAUUAUCUGCUGCUGAAUCCAGCAUCAUUGUCUGGAACUAGAUUAUCAGCUGCUGAACCCAGCAUCAUUGUCUAGAACUAGAUUAUCAGCUGCUGCUGAAUCCAGCAUCAUUGUCUAGAACUAGUUUAUCAGCUGCUGCUGAAUCCAGCAUCAUUGUCUAGAACUAGAUUAUCAGUAAGAGAUAUUUAAUAUUAUUAUAUAAAA